UCCGCGCCUCAGUUCUUUUUCACACCUCGCAUCGAAGUGACGUGACUACACGCUGUGCCGGUUUCACAAAUUCAUUUUCUAACAUAAUCUUGUUGCCGGUCCUCAGUGGAAGUGACCAUGCCGCGACCAUCACGUGAAUCGUAUGGUGAUCAAAAACCACCUUAUUCUUACAUUUCGCUAACAGCAAUGGCAAUAUGGAGUUCACCGGAACGCAUGUUGCCGCUAUCAGAGAUAUAUCGGUUUAUAAUGGACCGAUUUCCUUACUACAGAAGAAACACGCAGAGAUGGCAGAAUUCAUUGAGACACAAUCUUUCUUUCAACGAUUGUUUCGUGAAAGUGCCACGAAGACCGGACAGACCUGGCAAAGGAGCUUAUUGGACUUUGCAUCCUCAGGCCUUCGAUAUGUUCGAGAACGGUUCUUUAUUGCGUCGCAGAAAAAGAUUCAAGUUGCAGAAAGGUGAAAAAGAUAAUCUUAAUGCUGAAUUGGCCGCCCUUGCAAGUUUUAAUAGGGCAUUUUUGGCUCGGCAAGCGAAUGCGCCACCUCCGCCGUCGGCAUUGCCCAGCGCAAGUUUGUAUUCGCCGCCAAUGUGUUCACAAAUGAGCCCUGAACCCGCUGAAUUACCUGAAGUAGCUGUGACAGUUUUACCACGGGAGAGGCCACGAAGAGCGUUUACAAUAGAUGCAUUGUUGGAGCCAGAACCACCUAGAUCGUCACCGUCACCUCCUCAGCCGAUGAUAACAAUGCAAGUGAUGCCUCCCAUUCCGAGGUUGGAUUUGUCGAUGCCCUCGCCGUACAUGUUGGCAGCGCAUAGGUACCAGGCAGAGCUUUUGCAAGCGGCCGCCCAUGCCCUCCGUCCCUGUUACCUGCAGCCACCGCUGCUUCCCGUCGCGUGACAUCACCAAGAUCUUGUGAACUGUUACAACAUGUGCAAUGCUAGGUUGUAAGUACAGAUUUAUGAGAAAUAUUCAAGUUAACACGAUUCUUCUUCGGUUCCCGUUAAAUCUUUAUUAAGUAAAUUAAUUAUAAUAAGUUAUUUUGUUCCUAUAAAUAGUCUUUGGUUAUUCCGUUAGUAUUUGUAGAUUUUAAGGCUCGCGUGUUAGCCGACGGUGUUGUGAGAGGCCUAAAUACGCUAAUCGAUUUAAAGUUUUUAUAAACCAGCAACCUCAUAAUCAACGACAUAUAUAUUUAAGUGAUCUCAAAUAUAGACGUACUUAAAAAUUAAUAGAUGUUCGUGCUAGUGAUGAUAAUAAUUUAUUUAUUUAGUGAUUGUAAAUAUUCUAUCAAGUGAACAUUCCAUGUUAGUGAAGUUAUGGAAAAUUGUAAAUCGUAUUUAUUUGGCUUUGUCGUUAUGUGUAGAUAAACUUAAAUAUUAUUCGCUUUGUAAAUAGUUUUCAUUGUUAUAGUUGUAAGCAGUAUAUUAAAAGAAACAAUUAUUAUGGUA